AUGUCCGUUGCCACAAAAGCAUCCUAUCUCUCUUCGACCACAUGUCCCACAAGGACGGUCGUCGUCUUGGGUGGUUCCUACGGAGGCUCAAGAGCUGCUCAAGUUCUUGCAGAGGGUCUGCCGCAGGGUUGGAGAGUUGUUUUGGUAGAUAGAAACUCGCAUAGGAAUCAUUUUUACAACUUUUCUAGAUAUGCUGUUCUUCCAGGUCACGAACAUAAAGCAUUUAUUCCAUACAAGAACUUCCCUUCUUGUUCUCUGUCAGAUAUUUCUUCGUGUUCGUCUCAUGUUCGGGUGCAAGCAACCAUCAUCUCCAUAAACAGCCAUCGCAUCACCCUCUCUCCGAAUCUGCCAGGAUCACAACAAUCACACUUGGACUUAGACUUUGACUAUGCCAUUUAUGCUCUCGGCUCCCACUUGCCCCAGCCUAUAGACCUUUGGAAUCACCAAAAAGGUGUAAAGUCGAGUUUGGAACUACCAACAAUAUCAAUGUAUGGAGGAACGAAGUCGGAGGGUAUCUCAUCCCUCCGAGAACGCCAGAAAAGUAUCGAGGCUGCCAAAUCUGUGUUGAUUGUAGGUGGCGGCGCGCUUGGUAUUCAAUUCGCAUCCGACAUCGCUGCGGUAUACCCACAAAAGCAGGUCACGCUUCUGCAUUCCCGCCGUCGUUUAUUGCCAAAGUUUGACGACGCGAUGCAUGAAGAAACCCUUCAAGGUUUGCAGGAGCUGAACGUUCAGGUUAUUCUUGGGGAACGACUCGAUUUCGAGUCUCUCCAACACAAAUCCGCUAUGCCAGGGUCUUCAGAACCACGCGUAGUACGGACUCUAUUUGGGCGUGAAAUAUCUGCCGACCUGCUGGCAAGUUUUUCUAGAUUAACGAGGAACAGGCUCCUAUGCACUGGUCAAACACCGAACACGGGGCUCCUUCGCAACAUGGACCCUCGUACUGUAUCCCCAGACACUGGACUGGCACAUGUUCUGCGGACCAUGCAACUUUGCGUCCCGCCACCUUCCAUCGAGCCUCUCGAAUUUCAGACGGAUGAUAUACUACAAUGCCAAAAGACUUUAUACCCAAAUAUCUUCGUCGUAGGCGAUGCAGCAGAUGCGUUCGACGCGAUCAAGGCUGGACAUACAUCAUAUUAUCAAGCGGAGGUUGCCGCCCGGAAUAUCCUACGCCUCAUUUCUCGAGAUGAGAAAGUUAGGAUUACGGAUGGGGGUAACCUAGAUUCGGAGCUCGAGGAGUACGCACCCGGGCCCCCGGCCAUUAAAGUGACCCUUGGUAUGACGAAGUCGGUGUAUGAGGUGGACGGGGUUGUGGACACGAAGAAUGAUGGUGUGGAAGAUUUGGGUGUUGCUGUUAUGUGGGCGGCGUGUGGGAUGCGGGAUGUGAGCGAGGAGGAAAUGUUUGCGUAG